AUGGAGGGUCAGUCACCUGUGCCCCAGGUGGAGGAGGCCCGGUUAGCUGUAGCCCGGGUGGUGGAGGCCCGGGUAGCUGUAGCCCAGGUAGUGGAGGCCCAGGUAACUGCAGCCCAGGUGGUGGAGGCCCGGGUAGCUGCAGCCCAGGUGGUGGAGGCCCGGGAAGAUGUAGCCCAGGUGGUGGAGGCCCGGGAAGAUGUAGCCCAGGUGGUGGAGGCCCGAGUAGUUGGAGCCCAGGUGGUGGAGGCCCGAAUAGCUGUAGCCCAGGUGGUGGAGGCCCGAAUAGCUGUAGCCCAGGUGGUGGAGGCCCGGGUAGCUGUAGCCCAGGUGGUGGAGGCCCAGGUAGCUGUAGCCCAGGUGGUGGAGGCCCAGGUAGCUGUAGCCCAGGUGGUGGAGGCCCGAAUAGCUGUAGCCCAGGUGGUGGAGGCCCGGGUAGCUGUAGCCCAGGUGGUGGAGGCCCAGGUAGCUGGAGCCCAGGUGGUGGAGGCCCAGGUAGCUGCAGCCCAGGUGGUGGAGGCCUGGUUAGCUGUAGCCCAGGCAACUGAGAGCUCUACCUACAAACCAAAUGGAGUCCCAGCUGCUAAUGUUGGUGUGAUCCUUUUUGGAGCUGCCUGA